AUACUUACGAAUUCAUAUUUUAUUUUAUUUUUAAGAAAUAUUUAUUUAUUCAUGAGAGAGACAGAGAGAAAGGCGGAGAAGCAGGCUCCAUGCAGGGAGCCUGACGUGGGACUUGAUCCUGGGACUCCAGGUUCAUGCCCUGGGCCAAUUGCACAUGCCAAACCGCUGAGCCACCCAGGGAUCCCCAUUUCAUAUUUUAAAUGUAUGCUUAUGUAAUAUCUUCCCCCAUUAGAAUUUUCUUUUCUUUUUUAAGAUUUUUAUUCAUUCAUGAGAGACACAGAGAGAGAGAGAGGCAGAGACACAGGCAGAGGGAGAAGCAGGCUCCAUGCAGGGAGCCUGAUGUGGAACUAGAUCCUGGAACUCCGGGAUCACCCCCUGAGCCAAAGGCAGACACUAAACCACUGAGCCACUCAGGUGUCUCUAGAAUUUUCUUGAAUCAGAUUUUUCUUCCCAAAUGACUGGCACAUAGUAUGCUCUCAGUAAGUAAUUGUUGAGCAAAUGAAUGGAUCUUGGCAGUAAGUUCAAGUUGGCACAUACUUGUAGGUUUCUUCUAAGCUGGCUUCUUUUUCUUUUUGCUCCUUCUAGGACCUGGGUUUCAGUGAUGAGACAUGGGGUAUGAUGUAACCCGUUUCCAGGGGGAUGUUGACGAAGACCUUAUCUGUCCUAUUUGCAGUGGAGUCUUGGAGGAGCCAGUCCAGGCACCUCAUUGUGAGCAUGCUUUCUGCAAUGCCUGCAUCACCCAGUGGUUCUCGCAGCAGCAGACGUGUCCAGUGGACCGGAGCGUUGUGACGGUCGCCCACUUGCGCCCAGUACCUCGGAUCAUGCGGAACAUGUUGUCAAAGCUGCAGAUUGCCUGCGACAACGCUGUGUUUGGCUGUAGUGCUGUUGUCCGGCUUGACAACCUCAUGUCUCACCUCAGCGACUGUGAGCACAACCCCAAACGGCCUGUGACCUGUGAGCAGGGCUGCGGCCUGGAAAUGCCCAAAGAUGAGCUGCCAAACCACAACUGCAUUAAGCACCUGCGCUCCGUGGUACAGCAGCAGCAGACACGCAUCGCGGAGCUGGAGAAGACCUCAGCUGAGCACAAGCACCAGCUGGCGGAGCAGAAGCGAGAUAUCCAGCUGUUAAAGGCAUACAUGCGUGCAAUCCGCAGUGUCAACCCCAACCUUCAGAACCUGGAGGAGACCAUUGAAUACAAUGAGAUCCUAGAGUGGGUGAACUCCCUGCAGCCAGCCAGAGUGACCCGCUGGGGAGGGAUGAUCUCAACCCCAGAUGCUGUACUCCAGGCUGUAAUCAAGCGCUCCCUGGUGGAGAGUGGCUGUCCUGCCUCUAUUGUCAACGAGCUGAUUGAAAAUGCCCACGAGCGUAGCUGGCCCCAGGGUCUGGCCACCCUAGAGACCAGACAGAUGAACCGGCGCUACUAUGAGAACUACGUGGCCAAGCGUAUCCCUGGCAAGCAGGCUGUUGUCGUGAUGGCCUGUGAGAACCAGCACAUGGGUGAUGACAUGGUGCAGGAACCAGGGCUUGUCAUGAUAUUUGCGCACGGCGUGGAAGAGAUAUAGGAGAUCUCGACGGGCUAGCAGGAAGAGAUGGCAAUCAGAAAACCCAUCACUCCAGCAGCUGGUCCCUGAGUCCUCCCUACUAUUCAUAGUACGGUGGCUUACACAUGGGCCACACGUUUCCCUAUUCUUCUGGCACUGAAGGGCCCAGGGCACUUUGCUCAACCUUUCAGGUGGAAACCCAGAUUCCUUCCUUUUGCCUGAUUUCUUCCCCUAAGAUGUCUGUAAAUUUUCAGUCAGUUUGGGAAAGUCCCCACCUCUAUAUCUGUUUUCCUGCCUAGGGUCCCUGGUUCUAGAUAUUUUUAGAAAGCACAAAGAAUUCAUUUUCUCUAGAGGAUCAGGGUGGAGUGAGGAAUAUCUAAUCGUUCCCCCUCCUCCAAAACCAGGGAAUCGGAGCAGGCAGGCCGGUUGACACUAAACAGCAUGAGAGGGCAGCUCUGGGGAGCAGACAUCCUGAAAAAAUGGUAGGGGUGGAAUCAAAAACCCUAGAAAUUAGCAAUGAGGCCAGUAACUGGCCCCCUUAGGGGAAGACUGGAUCUCUGUGCCAAGCAAUAUCCUGUCCGGCCCACCUUACAGGUGUAGGCUCCUGCUGGUUCUGCAGGUGUGCAGGUUGGGAUGCUGAAAAUUUCUAGAUGAGCUCUUCUUUCCUACAUUUUCUCAUAACUAGGGAAUGACAGGGUUGGGGGUAGGGGAUUAGUCUGUUGGGGUGGAUGUGCUCAGCAAGAAGCAGCUCUCUGGCUUUUGCUGAAAUCAGGUAGGCACUGCCUCUGGCAUGGGCUGUAAUAGUUCAUAGACCCUCUCCAGCCCUGUGAUUGUAACUAGUUAUUUUGAUAAUUUCCUUUGGCCAUUGUUGUUUGUAUUUCCUUCCUUUUCUUCCUUCCCACCUUUUUUUUUUUUUUUUUUUUUUUUUUUAAGAAUGGCCUGAUUAUAGCUACCCCACUUUUCCAGCCCGGCCACAUUGUUGGCAAUCUAAUUUAUUUACUUUUUUUUUUAAGAAAGGAAAAAGAAAAAAAAAUUAACAAAGCUGAAAACUUUCUUUUUGAUGUUCCUAUUGUGGGGAUUCUGGAUAGGGUGGGACAGGGAUGGGAUCUGUUUUAUAUUUUUCCUUUUCAGCACAACCUUUGGCUUUAAUAUAGGAAGGGCCAAGGGAGUCCUCGGCUGAACCUUUGUCUGCCCCAACCCUCCAUAAGCCCGUCUGAGAUGAGGCGCUUCCUCUCUUCAGUGAUGGCUGCGAUAGUCCAUCAAUGCCUGUGCCCUCUGGAGAACUUUGCUCCCACCCCUUCCAUGAGUCUCCUUGUCAAACUUUGUAUUGAUAGAGUAUUAAUUUUGAAGACUCUUCCAUCCCCCAACCCUCAGUUUCCUUGGAGAUAAAUAGUUGGAUUCUAAGCUUCACGAGCCACGAUGGGAGAGAUGCGUCUCUGAGUACAGGCAGUGCUCUGGUCUCACUCAUGCCCUCUAGGGACUUCAGCGCCAUUUGAGGCUACCCGGGCAUUCCUUAGUCUCUAGGGUGGCUGAUAGAGUGAGAGAAAACAGGGGAGGGAUGGAGAGGAGGUGAUUGAUUGUUUUAAUAGGCAGGUCGGAGUGGGGUUGACGAGAUAUGGCCAUAUAACAGCUUCUUCUCUCUUUUGGAGUUUUAUUCCAGGUUAGCUUGCUGUAGGUCUGGGGAGAUGGGUCAUGGCUCCACUGGGAAUGGGGUGGAGGAGUACAGCUUGAAGGGAGUAGGGAACAGUCCUGCAUUCAGCUCCAGGACAUUGUGCUCAGGAAUUUGAAAACGCUGCUAUACUUAGUCUGGUUACUACAUCUCUUCCACUCCCCUCUGCCCCCGCCUGCCUUACCAAGGCCCAUACCCUCCUGUCAUCACCCUCAGAUGGAGCCAGGAAGCUCAUUUAAGGCUUCCCUCCCCGUCGCACUAGCGUCUCUGUGGGUUGCUGGUGGUGUUAUAUGUGCUGUUCCACAGUGUUGACUGCACUAAUAAUAAACCUUUUACUCAACUCUCAAUUCUUAAUCCAACAUCACUCCCUUUCUUGUGAAGCUUUCUCCUCUGCUUUGGCUUUUCUCUCACCUUGAUUCCCCUUAUUUCUUGCUUUAUAACCUGCCCUUGUCUUAGAACUAACUGCUGUUCUAAGAGGAUGUCUGUCUGGGAGCGUACCCUCCACGUUUUUGCCCUUUAUGACCUCCUCCUACCUUCCCUCCUGUCUCCUGUUCUGUAGCAGCCAACACAUUUUCUCCAGUGAUCUCAACUGUAUUCUUUCCACAGUUUGCCUUUGCCCCAAAUUCCAUGUCAUCCCUAAGUGCUCCUGGAGUUUUAGGACAGUUUCGACAGAGGAUAUGCCUGCACCCUUCUCCCUUGUCCCACAAGCACCUUUUGCUUUGGAAUCCAAGAUUCCAUCGCCAAACAUGAGGAAGGGAGCCUGAGGUGACUGUACUGCUGUGGUUGUCAAAUCUCAACAAAGCCUUACAUAAGCAUUUGCUAUCACCUCCUCCCAGUCAUGAAAAAAAGGAAAUCUUUUCCCCUAGCAGUGUAUUUCAAAUUUGUUGAGCAUUUAUGAUGUAUUUAAUGUAAAUCCUUUAGCACUCUGGAUACUUUACUGGGGCUAAAAAGCAAAAGAGCACAAGGACAUCCCUGUAUCCACUGAGUCCAUUAUACUUGCAUGUACACAAGGUCUGAUUAUAAAAUAGUGGCGAAUACAUCACUAAGAGGCAACAUGUAUAGUAUCUAUUAUCUAGAGAUACCAGGAGUGUUCUUUUUUUCCCUGAAGCUCUUUCAAAAUUACUUUCAGAACCUGCUGCUGAUUCUUUAAUGGUGCCAAAUCAUUCUUUUGGGGUAGAUUUGGUUUUGGGAAACAACAUUCAUUGAAAAUUCUGUAAGGAACUCAAGUGGAGAUGGGUGUCUUAUAGCACAGUGGCACCUAAGAUGUAAUAAAUGUGGUAAGUAGAUCUACAAGCAAUGUGAGCAGAGGGAAGAUGAAGGCACGGAAUUUUUUUUUUUUUAAGAUUUUUAUUUAUUUGACAGAAAAAGCAGGGGUAGCAGCAGGCAGAGGGAGAAGGAGAAGUAGGCUUGCUGUUGAGCAAGGAGUCUGCUGCAGGGCGUGAUCCAAGGACCCUGGCCAGGAUCAUGACCUGAGUUGAAGGCAGACACUUAACCGACUGAGUCACCCAGGCGCCCCUCUGAUGGGUACCAGUAAAGACUCGUUUAGGAGAAGUAUUUAUUCUAGAUCAGAGGUUGGCAAACUAGAGCUUGCAUCCUGAUGCCUGCUUUUGUAAAAAUGUUUCAUUGGAACACAGCCAUGCCCAUUUGCUUAUGCAUUGUCUGUGGCUGCUUUUAGAUUACAACAGCAGAGCUCAGUAGUUCCACAGAACUAUGACCCACAAGGCCUAAAAUAUUUGCUAUUUGGCUCUGUAGAAAGUUUGACAACCCAUUUUAGGUCAGGAGAAAGGGUGGGGAAGUAUGAAGAUUGGUUUUGAUUUUUUAGUUUGAAGAACCAGAACAUUUUUCUACAUGGUUAACAUUAAAUGCUUAAAAUUAGCCUAUAUUCACAUUUCUCCAGUUGUCUCAAGAAAAGCUAAUUUUUGUCCAGUCUUGGAUCCAAUCCAGGAAGCAUGCAUUAUACCAGGUUAUGUUAACUAUCUUUUAUACUCUUUUUAAAAAGAAUUUAUUUAUUAAUAUAAAUUCAGUGGGGGGGUGUGGAGAAUCCCGAGGAGACUCCCAUGCUAAGCAUGGAGCCUGAUGUGGGGCUCCAUCUAGGACCUUGAGAACACAGCCUGAGCUGAAAUCCCAUAGUCUGAUCCUUCACCAACUGAGCCAGCCAGGCACCCCAUUUAUACUCUUAAUCUAAAUUCCGGGAACAACUGUUUUUGUGACAGUCUUUUGUUGAAGAGAUUGAGCCAGUUGUCCUGAGAAUGGUCUUUUGGAUUUGAUUGAUUGCUUCUUCACAGUGCUCCUUAACUUCCUCUACCCCUAUUUUUACUAAACAGAAUUAGAUCUAGAGUUUGAGAGAUUCAAGUUGAGCAGUUCUGAAGAUAGAAGACAUCACAGGAGGGACGCCUGGGUAAGCUCAGUGGUUGAGCGUCUCCUUUGGCUCAAGCCGUGACCCUGGGGUCCUGGGAUCAAGUCCCACAUCAAGCUCCCUGCGUGGAGCCUGCUUCUCCCUGUGCCUGUGUCUCUGCCUCUCUCUGUGUCUCUCAUAUGAAUAAAUGAAUAAAAUCUUUAAAAAAAAAAAAAAAGA